UGCCACCUGGUCGCGGAGGAAGGACGCCGAUCCGCAGGACGAAGAGGGCCGCCAGUCGCCAGGAGCCAGGAGCCAAGAGCAAGGAUCGAGAAGCCUGCCAGGGUCGAUUUAGCCGCGGCUCAGUCGAAAUUCCGUCGCGUGUGAUUCGUCGGGAGUGAAGUGAAGACCUUUUUUUUACGGAUCGCCUCCCCUUUUUCAAUCCGUCCUCAUAUUCUGCAGCUGGAAUUUGUCUUCUUUUCAACCGGGGCCCGUUCUACUUCUAAUCGCAUGGAAGGAAAAUGUGAGUGCUGAAUUUUUCGCCGCUAAACGGCGAUUUUACUCAUGCAGCUUUUUAAGAGAUCAUGGCUACGAGUCCUCCAAUGCCUGAAUUCAGGGGAGCUGACCACUACAGAUGUCCUACGUCAACUGAAGCGGGCCAUGAGAUCCUUAGACCGAAACCUCGAAGACCAAGCGGUGCAGGCAGCGGGAGCAGGGAGCUGGUUCCGUACAACUCUUCCAGCAACAAAACGUCAUCGCCAUCGUCUAAUUCAGAUUCUGCACCUUCACAACCAGCGACUCCCAUUCGAUUAAAUAGCACGAGCCAGGUGGUUACCAGCAAUAGCAGUAGCAAUGUGAACAAGGAGAGCAGGCCUGAAGAUGCGGAGACCCUGCCGUCCAGGCCUGUAACAACUCCAAGACAAUUAUCAAACAAAAACAACUUAUCGACACUCCCUCAUCAUCAUGUCAACGAGCUCAGACUCCUUCAGAGGAGAGCUGAUUCAAACGGAAGUUCAUCCGACGACAACAGGACUUCUGGGCACGCCUCCAUGUCCGAUGGACACUUGAGCUCAUCUCCCACUGCAGAUAGGCACCAUCACUACCGACCACCUCUAAACUCAGUGCCAGAAGAUGGAAGACUCUCGGCGGGAAUAAUGGCAGGGCAGAGUAGGUCGAAUAGGAAAAGUGUACAAAGUAGAAGUAGACAUCGAGCAACCCCAGCAAAGUUGGUUCCAUGUGGAUCUGGCAUUGAAGAUAUAAAACUAGCCAUCCAGCAGUUGACGAUGAGAUCCCACACUUCAAAUUCCACUUCUACAUAUUCUAGUCUGAGUGGGAGUGAAGGAAGCGAGCCAGCAGUGAGAAGACUUAUAAGGCAUUCUUCUCUCGAAACAAUAAACACGAAUGUGACAUCUGCAGACGAAUUUGUCUGGGUCGACAGCCACAACAGAUUGGUUGAGCUGCAACAACUCCCCUGGUCAAAUCACGACGUACUUAAAGUACUGCAGAGCGGGCGUGUGAGAUGUUCAAUGGAAUGGGUAGCAAUGGAAACGGUUCCCAGGUUAUCAUACCUCCUUCAGAGAGCGUUAGUCAGGAUAGGAAGGGAAGCACAAAGGCUCUCAAAACCUUUAGCCAUGUGUGGUAAACAUGAAAUAGCAUCAUCUUUAAGGAUUAUUUUGAGUCCUGUACUAGCUGAUUCAUGCAUAAAGGCUUGCCUGAGAUCAGGAGCAAUGUUUGCAGUUUCAGGUGACCAAAUGAAACAGAGCAAAUCACAAAGAGCUGGUCUCAAUCUUUCAGUCGGACGGUUUCACCGUUGGAUGGUUGAUGUCCGCUUAGGGAAAUUUGUACAUGAGUAUGCAGCAAUUUAUUUAGCAGCAGGACUUGAGAAUUUAUUGGAAGAGAUAAUCCUCCAAUGUUUGCCAUCGAAACCAGAAACGGUUCUCACGGCAUCUAUGUUUGAGCAUGCUAUAGCAAACAAUAGUGACCUGUGGGGAUUGUUACAACCUUAUGCCCACCUCAACACAGGGAGAACAGCAUCAGGAACACUUGCAUUGCCUAGAUGGGCAAGUGUUAGUUCAGUCGCGACUGAUACAACAUGCAGCUCAGUUUCAAGUAAGAGGGAGCACAGUCUUCUGACUACAUGCGUAGCGUCUGUCCAGGAGUUAGCAGAUCUUCUUCGUACUUCGUCAUCCGUGCUCAACUCAAGACCACAAUUUUCACCGCAGGCCAUUCAAGCCCUGUUUUACUUCAUGAGAUGCUCACAGCUCGAACACUGUGGAUCUGUGCAAGAAUUAGUUUAUGAAAGGGCGUAUGUUGUACUCCCUCCUCUUUUAGAAUGGGUAAGGACUGCCUCUGCUCAUGCACAGUACAGACACUCUCAAGUCGUGGAUCAGGAUGAUAUAAUGCAAGCGGGUCGACUUCUUUUGCCAGGUGUCGACACUCCUGUUCGCCAGCCCGGAUGUGAUGAAAGUAUAUCAAGGAGAUGUGGUGAAGAAGUUGAAGCUGUCAAAAAGCUAAAAGUAGGCUUAGCUUUUAGAAUGUUAGGCUCUGGAAUCAGAGAGAUGGUGCCGCAUGCGUUACAACUUCUACCCAGUACAAAGUUAAAUACAGUGGGUGACAAUGGCUUGACACCUCUGAUGCUUGCUUGUGUCAAUAAUGAUGAAAACGCAGUUAGGAUUUUAUUAGAAUUUGGAUGCGAUCCUGAUUUAGAAACUCCUCCGCAGGGAACACAGGGUUGUCCAAAUGUACAGGCAGAAAGCCAGCAUUGGACUGCUUUGACCUAUGCUGCUUUGCAAGGAAAUAUUCCAGUGGCAAAACUCUUACUCGAGAGAGGGGCUCAUGUGGAAGGAGGAGCGAGGUUGAGCGAAGAAAAAUCUACGAUGACCCCUCUUCAAGUUGCGUCAGCAUCAGGCAACUUGGAAAUGGUGUCUUUACUUCUAUCUCACGGUGCACACCCAUUCCUUUCUACUGUCUACAAAGAUUCAGGAUCAUACUCAGGAGCGGCUCAAAGGGGGUGCUACAGUGCUUUUGCGGUCGCAGCGGCUCAUGGACAAAGGGCAGUACUGCAUAAAUUGCUGUCGCAUCCAUUGAGCCAAAAUACAAAAGAGGUUUUGUCUUUGGAGGAAAUACUAGCAGAAGGGACGAAUCAACUCACUGCUGAGCGCCGUUCAAGACAGGUUGGUGAAGGCAACUCAGCCCAGUUACUUAAACUAAGUAAAGCACAAAUAAAAUGCUUACAAGAGGCCAUGUAUCACAGCACUGAAAACAACCACCUUGAAAUAACUCUUGACUUGAGAAAUUUGGGUGUGUGCUGGAGUUUACACUGCUGGAUGUCAACUUUAGCAACCGCACACGGCCAUAUCGAGAGCAUGAUUGAUCAACUUCUGCAGGAUUUUUUGCAUGUCUGGCCUGAUGAUUGCUCAGCACAGUUUGUAGACGAAUGCCUUCCACUUCUCUUCAACAUUUUUCGAUACAGCAAGAACGAAGGGACAACGUUACUUUUAGCCGAUAUCUUUUCAACUUGCUAUGGAUGGGAGCCAAUAAGGCCGAUCAGGGACUCGACACUAAACGGUGGCGCAAGAAUAGAUCCAAAGUUCGUGAACAACCCCGAGCUCUCAGAUGUGCAGUUUAGGGUGGAAGGAAGAGUGUUUUACGCGCACAAGAUCGUUCUUGUAACAUCAUCGCCAAGGUUCAGAGGGAUGCUCAGCUCAAAACUAUGCGAGGGAAAUCCUCCAAUAGUUCAAAUUAAUGACAUCCGAUAUCAUAUUUUCCAGUUAGUAAUGCAAUUUUUGUACAAUGGUGGCUGCGAAGGGCUUGAAGUAGAUCAGAAUGACGUUUUGGAGUUGAUGGCAGCCGCUAACUUCUUCCAGCUUGAUGGCUUACUUAGAUUUUGUGAAGCUCAGUGUUCAACGAUGGUCGAUCUAGACAAUAUAGUUUCCAUGUAUAUACAUGCAAAGGUGUACAAUGCAUGCCAGCUAAUGGAAUACUGCCAAGGUUUUCUCCUUCAGAAUAUGGUUGCGCUGCUCACUUACGACGACUCGGUAAAGCGUCUUCUUUUUGGAAAGAAACUCCACAACCAUGACGUCCUCGCAGGUCUUUUGCUGACUCUACAGGCAAGAAUUAAAGCAAGGAACAACACACUUCGCCCUGGGCCUAAACCCAAGUCUCCAUAACUGAUCGCUUUAAUAGAUUUUAUUAUUGUGAUAAACAGCUGCACUUCUUCACUUGGUUUUUUCGACCUCCCAGCUGUAAUAAUUACAAUCUUUAUAAUUAUUAGAAAAUAUUUUCAAUUUUA